CUCUUGUAUUUCGUUCCUUAAAGAGAACACAUGAUAUGUUUUUAUUAAAUCAAGGUACUUUACCACCAGUGGAUCCUAACUUGCAAAAAAUGAAAAAAUCUGUAAAAGGAAAAGACUCUUAUGGUCCUGUAUUAGAGCGUGUCAAAAAUAACAAUAUAAUAAAAGCUCAAAAUGAAAAUUCAGACCCUCCACCACCAGGCGAUGAAUCUUUUGGAGGAAAUAAUAAUACUAUUCUUGUACCUUAUAAUCCACAACAAAACAAUAGUAACACAAUGGUAGCAACACAAAUAAAUUCAGGAGGAAAUGCAGUUAAUAAUACAGUACUUAUACCACAAAAAAAGGCACCUUCUAUGGCAAAACCAAAGUGGCAUGCACCAUGGAAACUGUAUAGAGUUAUUAGUGGUCAUCUUGGUUGGAUAUGGGAUCUUGCAAGUGGUAAAUUGAAAGUUUCUUUGACGGGUCAUAUAAGUAGUGUACGAGGACUUGCAUUUUCUCAGCGACAUCCAUAUUUAUUUUCUUGUGGAGAAGAUCGACAAGUAAAGUGCUGGGAUCUUGAAUAUAACAAGGUCAUAAGACACUACCAUGGACAUUUGUCAGCUGUAUAUUCUAUGGCAUUGCAUCCUAGCAUAGAUGUAUUAGUAACUGCAGGUAGAGAUUCUACAGCAAGAGUGUGGGAUAUGCGUACUAAGGCAAAUGUACAUACACUUGUUGGUCAUACUAUUGUCACUGGUAGUCAUGACUGUACUAUACGAUUAUGGGAUCUAGCUGCAGGAAAAUCUAGAGCUACUUUAACAAAUCAUAAAAAAAGUGUAAGAGCUGUAACUUUUCAUCCAUCAUUAUAUAUGUUUGCAUCGGCAUCUCCAGAUAAUAUUAAACAAUGGAAAUGUCCAGAAGGAAAAUUUAUUCAAAAUUUAUCUGGACAUAAUGCUAUUGUUAAUUGCCUGGCUGUUAAUGCUGAUGGUGUGUUAGUUUCUGGAGCUGAUAAUGGUACUAUGCAUCUUUGGGACUGGAGAACAGGGUAUAAUUUUCAACGUUUACAAGCCCCUGUUCAACCUGGUUCAAUGGACAGUGAAGCGGGAGUAUUUAGUAUUACGUUUGAUAUGUCUGGUACUCGAAUGAUCACAACAGAAGCAGAUAAAACAAUCAAAGUUUACAAAGAAGAUGAUACAGCUACAGAAGAAACGCAUCCUGUAAAUUGGAGGCCAGAUAUAAUAAAACGAAGGAAAUACUGA